AUGACCAAGCCGGAUACCACCUACGUCGAAGAGACGUUGGACAAGGGCGAUGCUCGGGAACAUGUGGAGGAGAUUGCCCUGGCACGGGUGACAGAAGAAGAUCUGUGGAAGUUGUCCCAGGAUUCUCUGAAGAUCUGGUCAUGGACUGGAUUCCGCCUGGGCCUCAUCAUGUUUAUUCAUGGUUGCAACCAAGCUGGCUUCGGAAUCGACUGGGGUGUCAUCAGUGGUAUCAAUGCCAUGGAAAGAUGGCACGACUACUUCGGUUUCGGUACCAGCGGUGGCACAUAUGGGUUGAUCAAUGCUCUAAUGCAAAUCGGUACCGUCUGUGGAGCACCCUUCAUGGGUUUGGCGGACGUGGUCGGUCGUCGUGGAAUCAAUUUCGCCGGUAACGCCAUUGUCAUCUUUGCAGCUCUUAUGCAAGGUCUCGCCGUGAACCUGCCGAUGUUCAUGGCCGGUCGAUUCUUCAUGGGUUUCGGCACUGCGCUCAUGUCAAGCUCUCAGUACAUUGGCGAGAUUUCGCCCAUCCAUCUGCGUGGUGUUAUGGUCGGCUUUUUCGGCGCUUGCUUCCAAGUCGGCAGUCUUGCUAUGCUUGGUGCCAUGAUUGGCCUUACUGAUUUGGCUGGCAACAACUGCUGGCGUGUUCCCCUCAUUCUUGAGGCUUUGUUCCCUGCUAUUGUUUGUCUGGGGAUUUACCUUAUCACUCCCGAAUCACCCCGUUAUUAUGUCUUGAGAGGGCAGCACCAAAAGGCCAAGGAAGUCAUCGCUAAGUACCACACCACCAGCGCCGACAUCAAUGAGCCCAUUGUCGACAUUGUUGUGAAACAAAUCGAAGAAUCUCUCGAGAACGACACGACAGGCUACAGAUCCUACUGGGACUAUCGGGUCUUCUUCACCAAGACCGCCCGUUUCCGACUGCUGGUUUUGAUUUUGUACUCGCUCUUCCAGCAAUGGAAUGGAGGUGGUAUUAUCACGUACUAUUUGGUUCCCUCGCUACAGCAACUCGGCAUCGAUGGCGAAAAGCAGCAGCUCGGUAUCAACAUCGGCACAACGGCUGUCUAUUUCGUCUUUACGGCCGUUGGUGCGCUUAUAGUCGAUAAGUGCCGCAGAAGAACCAUGAUCUUUGUGGGUCUUAUCAGCAUGAUCAUUUUCCAAACGGCUACGACGAUCACAUCGUGGCAAUACGAGGUCAAGCCUACUACUGCGGCGGCAGCGCUCAGCCUCCUCUGGAUCUUUCUUUACCAAACCUUCUCAGCGACAUUCGUCGCAACCAUGCACAACUUGUAUCCGAUUGAAAUUCUCUCUCUGCCACUUCGUGCCAAGGGAAUGGGUAUUUACAGUCUUAUCCAAGGUGGUGCCGGAGCUGCGCAGACUUAUGGAAUUGGCGUCGGUAUCUCAAAGGUCGGGUAUAAGAUUUGGGUUGUGUACAUCGUGUACAACUCAAUCCAGCUCCUCCUGUCGUAUCUGUUCUUCCCAGAGACCAGCUCUUUAUCUUUGGAGGAGAUUAACACGGUGUUUGAGACCCCGGGAGUCCACCCAGUGAAGAUGUCUUUGAAUAUCCAGAAGGCCAAGAAAGCGAGAAGAGAUGCGGCCCGGGAUGAGGAGGGCAGUGCUGAGCUAUAA